UUGAUAGCAGCAUGGUCACUAGGGGCAGCGUCUAGUCGUGUUGCUCUUGCGGAAGUCAUCUUGAUCACCUGAUAAACGCAGAAAUGGCUGGCAGGCUGAUGCAAGCAGCGAGAUGCCCGACAGAUGAACUGUCUCUCACAAAUUGUGUGGUUGCAAGUGAGAAGGACUUUAAAUCUGGGCAACAAUUGAGCAUUAAAACCACACCCACUCAGAAGUUUGUGUUCACGGUGAAAACCCACUCAAGCGUGGUGCCAGGAACUAUUGCCUUCAGUCUACCUCAGAGGAAAUGGGCUGGACUCUCUCUAAACCAGGAUGUGGAAGUGAGUGUCUACAACUUUGACCCGUCGAGACAGUACGUGGGAACCAUGACGCUAGAGAUCGACUUCCUCCAGAAGAAGAGUGUUGACAGCAACCCAUACGACUCUGAUAAAAUGGCGAUUGAGUUUAUCCAGUUUUUUUCCGCACAGGCCUUUAGCAUGGGCCAGCAGUUUGUCUUCAGCUACUGUGAUAAGCUCUUUGCACUGCUCAUCAAAGAUAUCGAGGCCAUGGAUCCCAGCAUCCUUAGAGGCGAGCAAAGCUCUAGCAAAAAACGGAAGAUUGAGAUUGGACUGUUGCAUGGCAACAGUCAGGUGAUUUUUGAGAAAUCGGAGAGCUCGUCUCUAAAUUUGAUUGGAAAAGCAAAGACCAGAGGUUCUCGGCAGUCCAUCAUCAACCCAGACUGGAACUUUGAGCGAAUGGGCAUCGGAGGCCUGGACAAGGAGUUCUCAGACAUCUUCCGCCGGGCCUUCGCCUCGCGAGUCUUUCCUCCAGAUAUAGUGGAGCAGAUGGGCUGUAAACACGUGAAGGGGAUCUUGUUGUUUGGGCCGCCCGGCUGUGGUAAAACCCUGAUGGCGCGUCAGAUUGGUAAGAUGCUGAAUGCCAGAGAGCCGAAGGUGGUCAACGGGCCAGAGAUUCUGAACAAAUAUGUGGGCGAGUCAGAGGCCAACAUCAGAAAGCUGUUUGCUGAUGCAGAGGAAGAACAGAAGAGGUUGGGGGCCAACAGUGGACUGCACAUCAUCAUAUUUGAUGAAAUUGAUGCCAUCUGUAAACAACGUGGCAGCAUGGCAGGCAGCACUGGGGUCCACGACACUGUAGUCAACCAGCUACUGUCUAAGAUCGAUGGCGUAGACCAGCUCAACAACAUCCUGGUCAUUGGAAUGACCAACAGGCCUGACCUGAUCGAUGACGCCCUCUUGAGGCCGGGUAGACUGGAAGUCAAAAUGGAGAUUGGUUUGCCUGACGAGACAGGCCGUGUUCAGAUCCUGAAUAUCCACACUGCAAAAAUGAGUCAGGCAAACAUGCUGGCCAAAGAUGUUGACAUAAAGGAGCUUGCUGUUGAGACCAAGAACUACAGCGGAGCAGAGCUGGAAGGGCUUGUGCGAGCAGCCCAGUCGACUGCCAUGAACUGUCACAUCAAGGCCACUACUCAGGUGGAGGUGGACACUGAAAAGGCUCAGAUGCUGCAAGUCAGCAGGAGUGACUUCAUGGCCUCUCUGAAUAAUGACAUCAAGCCUGCUUUUGGCUCUAAUCAGGAGGAUUACUCUAGUUACAUCAUGAACGGAAUUGUGAAAUGGAGCAAUGGUGUGUCUGAUAUACUGGGAGAUGGAGACCUUUUGGUGCAACAGACCAAGAACAGUGAACGCACACCGCUAGUAACUGUGCUUUUAGAAGGCAAGUCUUACACACAAACAUUGUUAACACUUUACAAUGGUCGUAAGUUGCUGAUUCUUGGCACAACUAGCCGGAAGGAUGUUCUGCAGGAGAUGGGCAUGUUGGACUCUUUCAGCACUACAAUUCACAUCCCUAACAUCUCUAGAGGAGAACAUCUCAUGGAGGCCCUGGAGCUUCUCGGGGGCUUCCAGGAAGAAGAGCGAGCAACUAUCGCAAAACAGGUGAAAGGACAAACGGUGUGGCUCGGCAUUAAGAAGCUGCAGAUGCUCAUUGAGAUGUCACUGCAGAUGCCUUUGGAAUACAGAGUUAACAAGUUCUUGGCACUACUGAGAGAAGAAGGAGCGUUGGGCUCUAACAAACAUGUGGCCAUAUAGUCUUGGGUGCAGGGGAGUAGCCUGACAAGCCAAGGCUAUUUUGAAGCUGUUAAAGGAGUCAGGAAAACACUGAGUGCACUUGAGAGACUGAGAGAGAGAGAGCAGACACACCUACAGCAUAUCUCUCUAUCCCUCACUUUCCUUAAGUAUAUGUACAGCAUGUUUCCAUGGGAAAUGCAGACACACUAGCUCCUUGAUUCCUCACUACAAGUGCAAAGGGUCUCAUAUUUGUACAGUGCCUCAGUUGUCUUAUGACAUCAGGAAUUUUUAAAUAGUACCUGCAUGUAUAUAAAGGUGUUUAUAUAUAUAAUGUAUCAUAUUUAUAUGUAUUUACUGACAUGAACCAUUCCUGUCAAUAAUGCCUUACUCCUAAAUGUGUCCUUACUGGGGUGUGUGAAUUUAACAAUGGUAAAAUUCUCUGACCAAAUCCUCUGCUCGCUUUUCUCUUUGUCAUGGAUGGACUUAUUAUCUUAACAGUUAGUGCCUGCCAAUAACAAUAUUGAAAUGCUCACUCCUGUGCCUUAGCAUGCCAGUUGCAGUUUGUUUAUUGCUUUUAUUGUUUUCUGACUAGAAAAAGAUCUGUGUAUUUUAGGGAACUAUCCGUCCUUCUUAUAUUGCUCGGGACAUUCCAUGUCAGGAACAUAGGAAAGGUCUUGGUCUCAGCCCCUCGCCCCAGUCUAAUGGGUAACAUAGCGGCCUUAAGCAUUGUGUACAGGAUGGAAACCCGCGACCUACCUCCCUUCUGCCAAAAGUGCCAAGAUAGUUCACAUUGGCCUUGAAUUCACCUCUUCUUUCUCUUGAUGUCUCUUACAUGCAUACUUUCUCUCUCAAAACAUUAUGACCCCUUUAUGACUUUUACUGUUGAACUGUGAAAGUCAUCGUGAUUGAACCACAUUUAAAUAUAGAAUUUGAGGUUUGUAUACAUUUUGGAUCUUUGCAAAUUUUGGACUGCAUGUCACACACUAGUACUUGUAGUAGCUGCCUUUAUUGUCAAACAUUUGGACUAUAAAUUAUGUUUUCAUGGCAUAAACUGUAGAGGAAUUAAUUACUGCAAUUUCCUAUUAAAUAUAAAUAUAAAUAAUGUCUUCGAUGAUUUCCUGAUUAAAAUGCGGUUUUAAGAUGGCAAUAAAUGACUGCAGUUAUUGUUGAUUUGUAAGAAUUUGCUUUUUUUUCAUUGAGACUAAGGUUGUGUUCAUACUUAGCAGGUCUGGUUUAAAAUGAACUGUCUACUCUGGUGCAAUUGCUCUGUUAGUGCGCUAUAUUUGAAUAAGUGUGAACUUUGCCAUCUGAACAUUAGUGUGCACAUAAAAGCGGCUCAAGAACCCAUGAAAAGGUGGAUCUUGGUCCACUCCCAAACAAACUUUGGUACAGUUUGACUGAUAUAUGAACCCAGUAUGGACCAAAGACAGAAUGCUCAAAAAAGACAGAAUGCUCAAGCAUACUUGCUUGAUUCUUCUUGUCAUAAGAGCUGUGUUGCCCAUUACCACAACUUAAAUA